AUGCGUGAAUAUGCCAAACGUCAAGCUGGUGAACACAACACUUUUCAAAAUAUUCAUAAAGACCGUGGAAAAAAUUCACAGCAACUCAAAGAAGCUAAGAGGUUACAUGACGAAGCAGGUGUAGCUGAAGGUCUUUGUGGUUUGGAGGAAAUAGACAAAUUCCAAGACUACCUUGGUCCGCAAGGCUACAGAAUAAUUGUGGUAGACGCUUGUAGAGGUGGCGUGAUUUUUAAAGGUGACGCAUUUAAAGAAGCUAAGAAGAUCAUUGCUAUAGUGAAAUCUGUGUAUGAAGAUGAAAAGGGAGAUUUGAAAGCCCACUAUGAUGGUCUGUAUUCCAUCUCAGGCUUCAUGAAUCGCAGCUACUUUUGUUAUCGCUGCUGUAAGGGGUACAAUACAGAAAAUAGCGCCCAUCAUAAUUGUGAGCGAGGAAUUGCCCUGGUUGUUUAAGAAGAAAGACGGAUGACGACGAAGGCUGUAUAGAUUUUACCUUUGGGGUAAAACCAGAUAGAAGUUGUAUCAUUUGUAGACGUGAGUUUUAUGGUGAAGUCUGUAUUCAAAAUCACCUGAUCAAAGAAGCUUAUAAAGACCCAUCUUUAAAAAUUAUGACACAAUUAAUUGAGGAUGAGUUGGACGAGGAUCUUUCGGACAGAGUGAAAAUGAUAAGUGUUUGUGAUCAAUAUCGUAAAUGCAAAGAUUGUGGUGUAACAUAUAAAGUAAAAGAAGACACAUCCCACAAAUGUCUUCGUGCUAUGUGUAAACAUUGCUUAGAGUAUGUCAACAUUUACGAACAUAAAUGUUUCAUCACCUCUGAGGAGGAAAAAUGUUCUAAACGCACCUUAAAAGAAUUUCAAAAGCAGAAAAGAGAGAAAGAAAAACUGUAUACAGAAUUGUAUGGAGAAGAGGAUGCAAAGGAUGAGUUUAAACAGAAAGUAAUUGAUGAUUUGAUGAAACAACGUAAAAGAAAGGUUGACGAAUUGAAUGCUAUCAACAAUGGUAUUCCUAUGGAAGAAAUAAUGAGAAGAAGAGAACAGCAACGAUUAGACGAUUUAUGUGAAAGAGCGAUACAGCAAUUGCAAGAAAGGGGUGUAGCCUUGGAGGCUAUUACACAGGACAUGGUAGAUCGUGAAGUGAGAAGAAACCAAAAACAAGAAGAAGAUUUAACAUCACAACAGGAGCCAAGCACAAUCAUGAUCUUUGCUGAUGUGGAAUGUUUACUGGAUAGCAGCAACACAUUCGUACCUAUUUUGAUCUGUUAUGCAAGACAUGACGAUGACACUAUUUAUCAUCAUUGGGGUACCAAUUGUAUCCAAACUUUCAUUGAAACCAUGAUCUAUUGGUCUAAUCAAGAUAAGAAGGAAGAAGACACCAAAGAGCUACAUAUUUUCUUUCACAAUUUGAAAGGUUUUGAUGGCUGUUUUAUGAUAGAUGCGCUUUACAAGAUGAACUUGAAAGUGACUGAGAUCAUGGCAACGGGCACCAAAGCUUUACAUUUCAAGCACAGAAAUCUUGUGUUUAAAGACUCUCUCUCCUUUCUGAAUAUGCCGCUGACCAAUUUCACAAAGACUUUUGGACUAACAGAGUUGAAAAAAUGCUGGUUUCCUCACAAGUUUUCCAAGUUGGAGAAUUUAGAGCAUGAAGGCAUGAUUCCAGACCUAAGUUAUUACAACACCAAACAUAUGAAGGUAGACAAGAAAAAAGAAUGUGAAACUUGGCAUGCAAACGAAGUAUUGAAAGGAGAGGUUUGGAACUUUCGCAAUGAAUUACUAUCGUAUUGCAAAAGCGAUGUCCAACUCAUGAAAGAAGGCUGUCUCAAAUUUGCAGAGGACACCAAACGUGAUGCUGGGUUCAACCCUCUUUUACAGGGUAUCACAUUUGCCUCCACGUGUCACUACUUUUGGCGCAAUCAUCAAAUGCAACCCAAAACCAUUGCCGUAGAACCUUUACAUGGUUGGGGAGGUCUGAAAACGAGUCAGAGUAAAGUCGCAUUUCAAUGGCUGUCUUACCAAGACAAACAACUUGGUGGAAAUCGUAUCAAACACGCACGCAAUGGUGGAGAACAAUUGAUCCAAGUAAAGAGGGGGAAAGUGAAAGUGGAUGGUUAUGAUCCCAUCACCAAGACCGUCCAUGAAUUUCACGGCUGUGAAUUUCAUGGCUGCAAGAGAUGUAAGCCAAACGGUCGCCACAAAAACACCUUUCAUCACCCAGAUCGCACUGUGGAGGAACCGUAUCGAGCAACACUUAGAAAAACUGACUUGUUACAAGCAGCAGGUUACACGGUGAUAGAAAUCUGGGAGUGCGACUUUAGAAAAGCAGUCAACAACAAUGACCUGAAAGAGCUGCUAAAGACCAUGACGUGGGUUUCGCCACUUGAUCCACGUGAUGCAUUUUAUGGGGGUAGAACAGGGUUGGCAAAAUGUUAUCACAAAGGU